AAGUACUCCCAUUUCUCGAAUAUUUGUUUAAAAGGGUCACAACCUGCCUAAACUGUAAAAUAGUAGUUUUACCUCAAACAAAAAUUCAUAAAAAGAAAAUAUGAAUAUCCAAUUCGAUGGUAAAAGAGCUCUAGUUACAGGAGCAGGAAAAGGUAUUGGAAAAGCAGUGACUAUUAGGCUGGCUGAAUGUGGAGCUGAAGUUGUCGCUGUCAGCCGCACGCAAUUAGAUUUAGAUGAAUUGCAAACAGUCAACAAGAAUAUAAAAACGGUUUGCUUGGAUGUUGGUAAUUGGGAAUCUACGAAAUCUGCUAUUGAGAGCAUCGGACCUAUUGACUUGUUGGUAAACAAUGCCGCUAUUAUGAAGCCUGUAAACUUCGGAAACAUGACUGAACAAGACAUUGACGAGACCUACAGCAUUAAUUUAAAGGCAAUCAUAAAUAUUACCCAAAUUGUUGCCAAUGGCAUGAAAGAGCGAGGAAAAGGAGGAUCGAUUGUAAAUGUAUCAAGCAUAGGAAGUUUUAAAUGUACUCAUUAUAUGGGGAUAUAUGGCUCGAGUAAAGGUGCUGUAGAUCAACUAACAAGAUGUAUGGCUACAGAGUAUGGACCUCACAAUAUUAGAGUGAAUGCUGUCAAUCCUACUGCAAUACGCACAAAUAUGGCGGCUGAUGUAUUUAAAGAAGGUAGUGAAUCAGGAAAGAUGUUUACAGAAAGAACACCUCUAAAAAGAUUAGGAGAAGUGGAUGAUAUUGCUUACCCCAUACUAUUUUUGCUGAGUGAAUAUGCAUCCCUGAUUAGUGGGAUAACAUUGCCUAUUGAUGGAGGACUUACAAAUAUUUUUUAGCUAAAAUUAAUUAAUGUUUUCGUGAUAUUCAUGUCAUACGUUGUUAACUAUGACGUUCAAACUACUGAUUAAUACUCUUUUAAACUAAUGAACUUUGAAAGUUAUUUUUGUUAUUUUAUAUAGUAGUAUUGAUUACUAUAGCAAAUAAAAUUUCAAUUUAAAUAUAA